GCGGCCUCAGCUUGCGGUGGCACCAGGUCAGCUGCGAGGCGUGUACCGAGUGGGCCCGGCGGGCCUUCGUCGCCGAGCUCGCGCUGCACGCGGGGAUGGAAGAGGGAGCGGGGACGGCGGCGGGCGCCCGGGGCCGGCGCAGCUGAGUACAGUGGUGAGGGCUGCUGUGGCCGUCAGGAUGGCAGAGGAGCAGGAGUUCGCCCAGCUGUGCAAGCUGCCCACACAGCCCUCCCACUCCCACUGCGUCAACAACACUUACCGAAGCACACAGCACUCCCAGGCCCUGCUCCGAGGCCUGCUUGCUUUGCGGGACAGUGGGAUCCUCUUUGAUGUUGUCCUGGUGGUGGAAGGAAAACACAUUGAGGCUCAUCGAAUUCUGCUGGCAGCAUCAUGCGAUUACUUCAGAGGAAUGUUUGCUGGGGGAUUGAAGGAGAUGGAACAGGAAGAGGUCCUGAUCCACGGCGUGUCUUACAAUGCCAUGUGCCAAAUCCUACACUUCAUAUACACUUCUGAACUAGAGCUCAGCCUGAACAAUGUGCAGGAGACCCUGGUUGCUGCCUGCCAACUUCAGAUCCCAGAGAUUAUCCACUUCUGCUGUGACUUCCUCAUGUCCUGGGUAGAUGAGGAGAACAUCCUUGAUGUCUACCACCUGGCAGAGGUCUUUGACCUGAACCGUCUGACCCAACAGCUAGAUGCCUACAUCCUCAAAAAUUUUGUGGCCUUCUCAAGAACUGACAAGUACCGCCAGCUGCCCUUGGAGAAGGUCUACUCCCUCCUCAGCAGCAAUCGCCUGGAGGUCUCCUGUGAGACUGAGGUGUAUGAAGGAGCCUUGCUCUACCAUUACCCCCUGGAGCAAGUACAGGCUGACCAGAUCUCCCUGCACGAGCCCCCCAAGCUCCUAGAGACUGUGCGGUUUCCCCUGAUGGAAGCUGAGGCCCUCCAGCGUUUGCACGACAAGCUUGGUCCUAGCCCACUGAGGGAGACAGUGGCCAGUGCCCUUAUGUACCACAGGAAUGAGAGCCUGCAGCCCAGCCUUCAGGGCCCACACACAGAGCUGCGCUCAGACUUCCAGUGUGUUGUGGGCUUUGGAGGCAUUCACUCCACACCAUCCACAAUCCUCAGUGACCAGGCUAAGUACCUGAAUCCCCUCCUGGGAGAGUGGAAGCACUUCACUGCUUCUCUGGCUCCUCGAAUGUCCAACCAGGGCAUUGCAGUUCUCAACAACUUCGUGUACUUGAUUGGAGGGGAUAAUAAUGUCCAAGGAUUCCGAGCUGAGUCCCGGUGCUGGAGGUAUGACCCAAGGCACAACCGCUGGUUCCAGAUCCAGUCCUUGCAGCAAGAACAUGCAGACCUGUGUGUGUGUGUCGUAGGGAAGUACAUCUAUGCUGUGGCUGGCCGUGACUACCACAAUGACCUGAAUGCUGUGGAGCGCUAUGACCCUGCCACCAACUCCUGGGACUAUGUGGCCCCACUCAAGAGGGAGGUGUAUGCCCACGCAGGCACCACUCUGCAGGGGAAGAUGUACAUUACCUGUGGCCGCAGAGGAGAGGACUACCUAAAAGAGACGCACUGCUACGACCCAGGAAGCAACACGUGGCAUACUCUGGCUGACGGGCCCGUGCGACGUGCCUGGCAUGGCAUGGCUGCCCUCCAUGACAAGCUGUUUGUGAUCGGAGGCAGCAACAAUGAUGCGGGCUACAGGAGGGAUGUGCACCAGGUGGCUUGCUACAGCUGUACCUCCCGGCAGUGGUCAUCGGUCUGCCCACUCCCAGCUGGGCAUGGUGAACCUGGCAUUGCCGUACUAGACAACAGGAUAUAUGUGCUGGGCGGCCGCUCCCACAACCGAGGCACCCGCACAGGCUACGUGCACAUCUACGACAUGGAGAAGGACUGCUGGGAAGAGGGCCCCCAGCUGAACAACUCCAUCUCAGGCCUUGCGGCCUGCGUGCUUACCCUGCCCCGCUCCCUGCUCCGGGAGCCACCCCGAGAGACUCCCAGCCGCAGCCAGGCAGACGCAGAUGUUGCCUCUGAGGUGAUGAGUGUGUCAGACUGGGAGGAGUUUGACAACUCUAGUGAAGACUAGGCUCUCUCUGGUGUUGAGGGCAGUAAAGGCCACGGGGACUGGAUAAAAACACCAGGCCCCAGGGUAGAGCCUUCCCCAAGCCAUCCUAGUUCACCAGCUGCCCUUUUUCCACUUCAACCAGCCAGCUGCUGGCCUUGGCAAGCUCUCUGGCUGUGAAUUACAUUACAAAGGAAAGUGCUGGGGAAGGGGGUUGCUGUCACCUGAGGAAUGACCAGGCCCAUCUUCUGUAAACUCUGAAGGACUGGCAUCUCUGUUUGGCCUUUUCUUCUUAGUCUGGUCCUUGAUGAGUUAAGUAAGGUCCCUCCUUCAAGAGGACCUGGGAGCUAGCAGUCCUAGCCUUGACCAAAGCUCAUGGCUCCCUUCUUUCUGUGAACCACGAGGUCUGGGAAGCAGCUUCAGCUACCUGGAGCCAGGACCUUGAGCAGCUGGGGAGCUAUCAAGGGACAGAGGAAACAGUAUACCUGGAACUGGUCCUAGGGUUGGAGAGAUGUCCCCAUUGCUGUGUGUUUCUGACUCAAUAUUGUUGAAAAAAUAAAAUAAAACAUUAUGCAA